GGAAGCCGUGGCUUCUGCUUUUUGGUCUUGGCAAAUCACGAGGUCUCGUGUCACAGGAUUCUUCGUUUCAGCAUGUCUCUUAUCUCGUCGCAUUUGCACCCGAGCUAGCGCGGCUGUACGCGUCACGGUGGACUCGGCAGGGGCCGUGGGUAAUCACUGGGUUCAGCAGAGCGGGCUGAUUCUCCAGCAGGCUCCGUGUCUGGCUGCUGCCAGGAGCUUCUUUAACUUGCGGGUCUGUCCAUGUCCUUCCGGCAACACCUGGAGUUCUACUGAAAUCUGCGAUGAGACAGGCAGAGGGGAAUCUGUUGUGCCGCUGUGGUUGGCUGGUGCAAUCGUUGAGGGCUACAUACAUGAUUUUAGCACGGACUGGAAAGCCAAAUGUUCCAGGUUUACACUAUUAUCUUCAUUAUUGCCUCCUUGGUGGGAUCUUGCAUAAGACAUCCCAGUUUCUUCCUUCCCUUCUUCCCUCAUAUAAAUGGAAGUUUUCUUCAACUGUUCUGUGAAGUUGCAGCUCCGCAUUAUUAAAUGCUUUCAGAUUCUCAGGAUGUCAUCACCUUGCCAUACCUCUACUAUGCUGCUGGUCUUUAUGGCCCUUGCUGUAGCGGCUCAACAGACAAAAGAUAGGACCUGCGAUGUUGUUGGUGAUGAGAGCAGUGAGUCGCAAAUGGAAAGAGCCCUGCUGAAGAAACUGGAGCCCCUGAGUCAAAUGAGGUUUAACGUGACUGUGGAGAAAAGCAAAACAGAAAACUAUGUCUACCAGUUCAGGGUGUGCAGGGAGGUGGACACCUCACAAGAUUUCGGUGGCCUAGUGCAAACAGACGGACAAAACGGAAAGACCACAGUGAUAGGAAGAAUCAAUGAAACUCAGGUCUUCAGUGGAAGUGACUGGAUCAUGCUGAUCUAUAAAGGAGGUGAUUCGUAUGGUAGGCACUGCGGUGGUGAGAAGAGAAGGGCUGUGAUCAUGAUUUCUUGCAAGAGGGGAGUUACAGCGAGUUCAUUCAGCAUCAUUUCAGAAGAGCGAGAAAAGACACAGGAUUGUUUCUACCUCUUUGAGAUGGACAGUGAUGUGGCUUGUCCAGCUGAGGAUUCCCACCUCAGCGUUGGCUCCAUUUUAUUGAUCACGGUUACUUCACUGGUUGCCGUCUAUAUCGUUGGUGGGUUCCUCUACCAGCGCCUCAUAGUGGGAGCAAAAGGCAUGGAGCAGUUUCCUCACUUUUCCUUCUGGCAAGAUCUGGGCAAUCUGGUGGCGGACGGCUGUGACUUUGUGUGCCGCUCCAAGCCUCGCAGCACACCGGCUGCAUACCGCGGCGUGGGUGAUGACCAGCUGGGUGAUGAGCCUGAGGAGCGAGACGACCACUUGCUACCCAUGUGACAGGCUGCCACCACAACAACAGCGUCUUUUUCUCCCCAUCCCCUCAGUGCUUGUUUAGGCAGGUGCCUCCCACAGCCGCUUCUCUCACUCCUGGUUUUUGCUUUUGCUGUCUCUCAUGGGUCGGGGCCCAUGGCUGCCUCUGGGGAUGAGUAGCACUGGUCCCUGAUGGCAUGUCUCUCAAAUAUAAGGCUGGCUCAGGUUUUUAAAAAUGCAGCAGAGCUGGCAGGGUUGAAAAUAGCUAAGAGUUGAGUAAAAGGUAGCAGGAAAGCAAUAUGAGCAUUCAGCACGGUGCAGAAGUGGGAGAUGAAUCAUAGAGGAAAAAAAAAGUGCCACGGACAGGUGCAGAAAAGGGAAGGAAACGGAGGCCAUGGGUUAAAACAGCUGAGACUGUAGGAGGGAUCUUCUGUGUCUUCUUUUUUUUUUCUUUAGGGUUUACAGGAUCUGCAAAACACUGGCAUUAUUUUUCUCCGAAUGCAUUUUCAGCUUUUCUAGCUUCUACACUGUUCCGCAUCGUUUCUGCCAGCACGACCUGCACAGAGUGAUCUACACCACACUCCAUGGGGGUGGGAGAGACAUUAGCACCUCUGCAGUCUUUUCCCUUCCUAAUGACAAUAUGUUGAAGAGUACACGCCAUUUACUUUCAGCAAAUGUAAAGGGAUGUAUGCCCUCCUCUCAGACUGGAGAGGGGCAACGCUAAAAGAACAUAGGAGUUAAAUAGUCUCGUGACCUUCCAGUUCAGUCAGAAUACUGUUUAAGUCUUCUCAGUCACUGAGAAACAAAAGGAAGUGAUGUGCUGCUAAGUAAAGGGAACACUUACUGAAACUGAUACCAAGGCAAAAUGAGAUGGGUAGGAGCCACUUGCGUUCUGUUACAAGCUUCCCAAGGUGACUGCCCACACAGCUCAGUCACUGUCAGCGUUGUGACUUCAUGCUCUCCAGAAGUCCCUUGUUUGGCAGAGGGUGUUCCCCUGAAGCUACCAGAAGUUACUUUUAUAAAAAAAGGAACCACAGAAGCCAAGGAUAGAAAUGCCAACACGUUACAUACAGCAGAUCACUGUCCCCUUAAGCACGGUGCAGACCAGUGUGAGGACACUGGCCCUGUGCAGAUGGUACUCACAUACUGCUAGGGGCUGGGAGCAAAAGAACUUCUCCUGGGGCCCGAGGAAAAAGCAGGUACAGUUGCGUUGUAAGACUUAAUGGGAACCUUCAGGAACUUGGUACUUUUGAUUCCUAAUUGCUUUUUAUUUGAGGGGCUAGACUCUAGGCAAUCUCUUUCUGCCUUAUUGUAGACUGGCAGAGACUGGCUCAGUCUCGAGAGCAGAGACUAAAUAAGCCACUACUGGUAACAGCAGAGUACAGAAAACAGUCCAUGCAUUUUUAAUACUGCCAAAGCAGUCUGAGGAGUAGUGUUGAGGCAGGGGGGUAAAGGGUGGUCCUGCUUUCUUGCUGGGUUUACAGUGAACAAACAAUUCCUGCUUUCUUUGAUUUUUUUUUUUUUUUUUGGUUACAGUCUCAAAUCUUUCUCAUAGUAUGGGAAAAAUAGGAAGUCACUAAGUCUGUUGUUACUGUUUUUCAUGGUGGUGUUUAAGGUAAUUUUUUUUGUACAAAACACAACUUUCAAAAAUAAAGUGACCAAAAAAACCCAA